UCUCUUGCCGCCCCAUCUGUCUCCCUCAGUAAUUAAACAGGCGUACAACAAAAUACAAGUUGGCAGCUAAAAACACAGACCAUACCAAAACCUAUGGCCAAUUCCUCAGCGAUUAUCUUUUCCUUGGCCUUCGUGGCCGCUCUGAUCAUCUCCGUUGAUGCAGGCGGCGAUCAUGGGGUGAGCUGGGUUCCAGUGAGACCUCGCCGCGAGGGUUCUGUAGCAGAGUGUAUGGAUGAUCGUGAUGAUGAAUUUGGCAUGGACUCGGAGAUUAGCAGGCGCAUCUUGGCCACCUCACGAAACAUAAGCUAUGAAGCUCUGCAGAGAAACACUGUGCCUUGCUCUCAGAGAGGUGCUUCCUCCAACAACUGCAAGCCGGGUGCUCAGAAUCAGAGUAAUCCCUACAACCGUGGAUGCAGUGCUAAUGCUCGUUGCCGGAGUUGAUCACGCAGUGUAGCAUUUUUUUCAAUAUUUAGUCACUUUCAUUUAAUAGAACAUGUUAUUGUAACU